GUGGGGUCACGGGCGGCUCGGGGCGCUGCCAUCUGUUGCGCCGCCCUCCGGAGCCGGCAGAUCCGGGUCUCGUGGCUAAGAGUGACGUGGUCUGUCGAAUCCAAACAGAGGGGAGGAGGCCGGCGGCCAGCAGCAGCGGCAGCGACAGCGGCGUCCGGAGCGCUCCCGGCUGCCACCCUCCCCGCCCGCCGCUUGUUUGGGCGGAUGCUUCAGCUUUGUGCAAGUGCAGCGUGGAGCUGCUUUCCGCUUACCUGCGCUCGCUGACAGCGUGGCCUGGGCAGGGCUCCUGGGAUUUCACACCUAACGGAGCUUCUCAUCAGGGCGUGGGUGCUGCAAGCAUCUUCUAGAACUAGAGAUUUAAAUAGUUGAGUAAGAUCAAGCUGGGUAACCAUGGCUGAAGGUGGAUUUGACCCCUGUGAAUGUGUUUGCUCUCAUGAACAUGCGAUGAGAAGACUGAUCAAUCUGCUCCGGCAGUCCCAGUCCUACUGCACAGACACAGAAUGCCUCCGGGAGUUGCCAGGACCCUCCAGUGACAGCGGCGUCAGCAUUACUGUGAUCCUGAUGGCCUGGAUGGUGAUUGCAGUGCUCCUGUUCUUACUGAGGCCUCCUAAUCUGAGAGGCUCCAGCCUCCCCGGGAAGCCCUCCAGUCCUCACAGUGGACAGGAUCCGCCCGCCCCUCCUGUGGACUAAUGUUGAUGUGGGAAGCAGAGAUGUUAAACGCUGUGCAAGACCAAAUGACUGAAGAUGACCAGAGUACUCUUAACUUUUUCCUUUCCACCUGCAAUUUGGGAUGGUAUUGUUUUCAUGAGCUUCUAGAAAUUUCACUUGCAAACUGACUUUUGCUUCCUGUGUUGCCACAGUCCUUAUUUACGAUAUACCUGAGUAAAUGAUUCUGUUGGAAAGUCCACAGGGCUUGUUGGUUGGCCUAAGCUUAAAACAUUCCACACGUUGUCCCUGGAACCGUGAUCAUAAUGUCCAUGGUGGUUUCUGGCCCGAUUGAAGGAAAAUUGAGAUUUCUGCAUUUAAGUAUUUUAAGUGGAUUUAAUAGAUUUAAAUUUUUUUCAUAAGGUAUUUAUUUGGGGUUAUCUGGUAUGAGUGACAGAGCCACACUGUAUUUUCUUUGCCUUGCCAGUUUACUUGUGGGUGGCAGUUCUUGGGACAGUGACACUUUUAGAGUAUUUCCCCUAGAGCCUGCAGGUCUGAGGUACAGUUAGUUGGCUUAUGUGGCUAGAAUAGGAAAAGUUAACUGGUUCUUUACUGGUUUUUUUAAAAUUCCCAUUAAAAUUUUCUGAUGUUAAGAAUACAUACUUUAAAUAAAUACGAUUGAUUAAAUAGUGGUUGGUUUAAAGUCCGUUGCGUGUCAUUGGAAGCCACUGUAUGCUGCUAGCCUUACACGGCUGGUGAAAGGAAAAGCUGAGUCUUUCUGUCUUUGCCAGGUACACUCUCUAUCCUGUGCUAAUGUGGCUAACAUGUCUGUAAUGUUUUUUAGUGAAUGCCUCUCAACAAGCUUCUCUGCUUCUCUUCGAUUCCCACACUUAGCCGUUAAAAUGAAAUCAUCUAAUACCUACCUACUUACUUAUUUUCACACCUUUUUUAUUUGACAAAAAUUUCUUUUGUUGCCUCUGACUUUGAAGAAAAAGAAGCCUUUAAAAUGAGGUCUUGGUUUAUUCCCAGGGAAAAGAGGAGCAUGGCAAAGAAGACUAUUUCUCCCCUCUGGGCUCGAUUCUGUUUGCUGAUGGGAUGGAGAUGUAUUGGAUUGGGAAGAAGCAUGAGAACCUGAAAUUUCAAAAUGUGUUUAAAAGUAAGAGGUUGCAUUGUUCGCCUCAGUUCAAAAAGCAGUGAAUACAAGUGGUAUUUAAACAUGCAUGGAUGGCCUGGAGUGUUUGUCUAGGAAGUAGCUGCCAGAACCUAUUUUGCAAUCAGUGUAGAGAUUUCCUCGCUCAGGUCAGUCUAGGCUGUCAUUGUACAGAUCUGAGAAACUAUAUGUGUGAACUAAAUAAACUUGUCCAUCAUUGCGCCAUUGACAGGCCCGUGACCUGGCUCUGUGACACUGGUUGUUUCCCCCAUGUGGUGGUUACUCUCUGGCCUGUAAGCAUGGUUAAGAGCAUCACUUUGUCCUGUGCUGCGACACUGGCUGCUGGUGUCCUUCCUGGCUCCCUUGGUUUUGCCCUCAACACUUGAAAUAAUGGAACCACCUUUGAAGUACUUGUGCUUAUAACGGGGUGACUUAGCCCAGGUAAGUUAAAUCCUGAACAAACGAGCACCACGGGGCCACUGAAGGGUUUCUCUUUCGCUGUGGCUUCAUAGCUGGCUACCACUUCAUAGCUGGUAGCCGGUUUAACACAAAAGCUGAAUGUGGCGGCAGUGUUGAGGCCAGACUAAAUUAUGUAGUGAAGGUCAGGCCAUGUUGGGCUGCGUGGGGAGACCUUACCAUAAGACACCCCAUAAAGGAAAGACGGGACGGGGUGAGGGACUUAGAGCUGAAUGAACAAAAUUGGAACGGCACCAAAUGGAGUGACAUCCCUGCAGCACUUCUCCCUCACCUCUAACUGAAGGUCUGCACACGGGCGCCAGCAGCCUGUCUGCUUCCUAACCUGCUGACGCGAGACCUGACGGAGAGCUGAUGUGUUCACUCAACCUGCCUCACCGUGGCUUAAAAGAAAUGGACAAAAUGUGGCUACAGAACAUCUGCUGCUAGAGACCUGGCAGUGUGGGUUCUUAUUCUAGAUGUUCAUUUCAGUCACAUGCACUUCCUGUGUCUAAAUACCAUAGCCUCAGAGAUUUUACUUUCCAGCACAGAAAGGGCUUAGUUACAUGUUCACCAGAAGUGUGUGUGAUCACAACUGUAUAGACAUUGGACAUCUCCAAAGCUGCCUGGCAUUGGUGGUGCAUGCCUUUAAUGCCAGCACUUGGGAGGCAGAGGCAGGACAAGCUAAAAAAAAAAUACAGAGAAACCCUCUCUUGAAAAACCAAAAAUGGAAAAAGAAAAGAAAUCUCCAGAACUGGAGAGAUGGCUCAGCCAUUAAAGGCUAGGCUCUCAACCAAAAAUACAAGAAAAAUCCACUCCAGAUAUGUCAAUGCCUGUUAACAGUUGAGUUUCUUUGAGAAAUACUUGGUCUUGGGCUUUUGGGUUUGUUUGUUUGUUUUUCUUUGUUAUUUUGUUUUCUUUGGAAAUUUUUCUGCAUUCCUAAAAUGGUGAUAUCCUGCAUAGAAUAUUAUUAUUAAACUCACUAAUACUUACAUCAUUCUCUUCUUGAAACUUCUACAUGUUUUAAUUGACCAUGUUCUUGCCCCAUUAUUUAGCUUGCAAGCAUUCACUUGAUCUGCAGCUACAAUUCUCUUAAAAUAGCAAAAGUAAAAGAGGAAGUUUACAUUCCUGUCACUUUGGGCCGUUUGUGCUGUCUGGAGUCCAUUUGAGAGUCAUUUCAUACUGUUUUACACAACAUCUAGUAGUUUUGUUUUUCUGUCUUCCACAUGGGGCAGGUUAAAACUAGGACUGGUGUUAGCAAAAGGUUUUAUUGUGUAUCUAAACACUGUCCUGUGGUUAGUAAGUUUUAUGGUGUACAAGGUUUCUCAGAGUGUCCACUGAGGAUUGCCACCCCAUGGUUCCCUUAGUGUCAGUGACAGUGUUUAUAAACUCACAUCUUAGAUGUUUGAAGGAAUUGUGGAAGCCUGUCAUUCUAAAGUCUGUCUCUUGGUGAUUUUGUGCUCAAGCUUGACCAGCUCAAUUUAAAACAGAGAACAACUUGAAGAAGGAAAAGUGAAGAGAGUUAAUAGCAAAUGAUUUGAAUGUUGUUGUUGCAAUAGAAAAUAGGAACCAUCUUAACAUUUCUCAGUGAAGAACCCUGAGUGUUUGUUACAUGUCUAAUGAUUAUUUGUGAAGAGCAAAAGUGGCCAUGUGAUGUACUAAAUGUAAUUUGCUGUUUCUAAAUGUUUAAAUCAUGCCAAACAAAUCAGUCCGUGCCAUCUCACAUUUAUUGUUAAUCUUUUACUGAGUACUUGGAUUGGGGCAAAGGGCUUGUACUAUGCACUUUUUAUUAAUGAAUAAAUAGAAAACGUUAGUAA